AUGGAAGCCAAGACGAUAAGGAUCUUGAAACGCCAUAGCAGCAUCUUUCUGGGAGAUGGCGACGCAGCUCCGACUCCAGGUAGGGCCGUAGUGUGUGACAUCGAUGUCGGUGAAGCGAAACCAGUGGUUUUGCGCGUAAGACAGAUUGUUGCACCGUUCUUGGUGGAGGUGUUUGAACUCUUGAAGACAUUAUUGGAAGCGGAACUAAUUAGGCAUUCAGAGGACGAAGGGCCAUCGCACAUUGUGAUCGUGCUGAAGAAGAACGGCGUAGAUAUCAGAAUCUGCAUCGACUACCGACUUUUGAAUUUGCUCAUCAAGCUGUCCCGCUACCCUCUAUCUCUGAUUGAUGAUCUGCUGGUGGAAAUUUGA